CGAUUCGACCUACUGCACGCGCAUGAACGUCUAACCGAUUAUUCCGCCUCGCAACGAUCAAUCGCCUCCCCAAUAUUGUCUACUCCCACUCGGUAUCCUGAUACAGUAUGGCCACUACCACGAACGGCAACAGCAAUGCCGCUACUGAAGGCAUGAGCGCGGCGGAGCGCCUGAUGCAGGCCCACAAUGUCACCAUUGAAGACGCAGUUGACGAGGACCUGCCUGUUCCCGCCGCGAGCUCCUCGGACGCCGCCUCUGGCGCUGUCUCUGGCUCUGAGCCCAGCAGUAACGGCACCGGCAUUAAAGCUGCGGGCAAGCAGCCUGUCCGUGAUGCGCCUGCGCCUGCCGCCAGUUCUAACAGGCCUGCACUGGACACUCAAUCUGAAGAGUUGUUCCCAUCAUUGGGUGCUUCCAAGGCGCCGACCACAGGCUCAAGCAUGUGGUCCAAGAAGCCUGCCGCUAUCGGUAAAGCUAAUGGUACUGCAACUGCCGGAAAACCAGUGAAUGCAGCUUCCCGCUCCGCAGCCCCCAGCGCUGGGUUCCAGAGCGGAUCUGGCCUUGUGAACCUCCCUGGUCGAAACAGCGAGAGCAUCGUGCUUCCCUUGUCCGAGAUGAAGCCACGCAAGGAGCUGAAGAAGCCCGUGGCGGACAUCCUUCGCGACAUAAACAAACGUAGCAAAGCUUCGGUUGUGAUGAAACCUGGUACGAAUGGUGCCUUCGUCUUUGAGGGCACGGGACCCAUCGACGCUGUGCGGUCGGCUCUGAAGGAAGUUGCGGGUGAAUUAUAUGCUAAGAAAUCCGAAAAAGUACCCGUGCCCAUGAGUGUCCGUGGUAGGAUCGUGGGGAAGCAGGGUGCCACCAUCCAGGCUAUUUCCAAGAGAAGUGGUGCUCGUAUCAAUAUUUCGAAGCAGGAGGCAGCGGAAAUCCUCGAGGAUGAUGACAUGGAUGCCUCCGUGGAUGUAAUGAUCGAAGGCGACCCCAUGUCCGUCAGUCUGGCGAAGCAAGAGAUUGAAAAGAUCGUGAACGAGCAUUCAUCCUCUGUCAGCUCACGUCUUCGGAACGUACCACCGGAGUACUACCCUUUCCUUGCUGCGCGGGACAACCAGCGUCUCCACGAUCUGCAGCAAGGUCGCGACCUCAGAAUCAACAUCCCACAAUACCAUGUCUGGAAAGAUUCUUUGCCAGACGCUUCCGUCGAUCGCCAGCCUGCGGCCUUUAAGCCCCAGACGGGACUACCGAUCCAGCUCGCUGGAGAUCGAUAUGCAAUCGCUGAGGCCAAGGCAGAGAUUGAGCGACAGGUGCGAGAGCUGGAGCAAAAGCUCACCCUGGAGCACAUUUCUGUAGAGAAAGGUAGGCACCAGUUCAUCGUCGGUGAAAAGGGCAAGGCCUUGCACGACUUCCUACAGGAAACUGGCUGUUCCGUGAUACUGCCACCGGACGGGAAUGACAGUGAGACCCUCGCCGUUAUUGGUCCGGCGGACAAGAUCGAAGAAGCCACGAACAGAGUGUUGGAACUUGCGUCGAGCAUGGCUAUGGCUAGUGCUGAUAUUGCACGAGCUCACUCUGGCGCACCGAGGGGCGCAAAUGUACACGCCCGUGAAAUCACGCGAUACUUGCAGCAACGCAGUGCUUUGCAAGAUCUAGAGCGUGUCCACGACGCUCGCAUAGUGCCUGACAGCACGGGUGCCUGGCAGAUUUACGCUCGUGAUGGUAAGAACGCCAUCAAAGCUCGUGCCGACAUCAUGAACCUCGUCGCUGGACAUCCACCCAGCCGCUUCCAAUCAGUUCAGGUUGACCCAUUUUACCAUCAGCACAUCCGAGAAAACGCGGCGCCACAAAUUCGAGAAAGGCACGGAGUUCGAGUAGUGAUGCCUAAUGAGCUGAGCGAUGAGCCUGUGCUUCUGGUCUUCGAGGGUCGUGUGCCUUCACCUGACUACCAGUUACCACGUGGAGUUCCGCAGGCACAACAGGUACAGGCUUUUGGACAGGCCCUGCAGCAGGCCCAGCAGGAAAUCGAUGCUCUUCUCAAGGGAAGACCUGACAUCGUGUCCAGGCAGGUGGACGCUCCAGCCAAGUUCCACGACAAGAUCAGACGGCACAUUGAUCAACAUCAUCAGGGACUCGCUGCCGGCCAACUUCCUGUUCAAGUCUCAUAUGGUGGUCAACGUCAGGCGGAGACGAGACGCACUCCAGAACCCAAUCUAGAUCUGCGCGGACCAGCAGACUCCGUCGAGACUCUUCUGGCCAGUCUUCUUCCCUUCAUUGAGCAGGAGCAUAAGGAUGAAUUAGAGCGUGACUUUAAGCUUAGCUUCGAGUUUCCACAAAAGCAUGCCAACCACUUGAUUGGGCGCAAGGGCGAACACAUCAACGGGCUCCGCGAGAAAUUUGAUGUCGACAUACAGCUCAAUGAUGGACAGUGCGAAAUCAAAGGCCCACAGGCCAAGGCAAAUCUAUGCAAGAGCCACAUACUUGGCUUGGUCAAGAAGCUCGACGACGAAAAGACCCAUCAUCUCAACAUUCCUCAAGAAUUCCACAAAGACCUCAUUGGGGCACAGGGAAGUCAGGUGAAUCGUCUCCAGGAAAGAUAUGGUGUUCGAGUGCAAUUUCCCAGGAACAAGCUGGGAACUGAGGAUGAGCCGGCGGUGACAGAAGGGACUAACCGUCGCGAGACUCAAAAGGCUUACGAAGUCAUUGUCAAGGGCCCUAGCAAAGGCGCAGACGGUUGCAGAGAGGAACUGCUUAGCCUGCUGGAAUAUGUCAAGGAUAAUUCCCACAGUGCUGUCGUGUCAGUCGCCCAGAAUCAAUUGCCGUCACUGAUCGGCGCAGGCGGUAAAGAAAUGGACGCCUUGCGUCUAGAGACUGGCGCUCAGAUCGACGUGCCGAGUGCAAGGGACGCUGCUGGUCCAGAGGGCCGUGUCGACAUCAAGAUCAGAGGGUCGAAGAGGGCAGUUGAUGAGGCAAAGAAGUUGGUCCAGGAGAAAGCCAAAGUUUUCGACAACACUGUGACCCGGGUCCUGGACGUCGAGCGGAGGCAUCAUCGUCACAUAAUUGGGCCACAGGGAAGCCACUUGCGAAACCUGAUUGUACAGGCUGGUGGACCGGAAGACACACGUCUUCACAACCGCAUGAUUCGCUUUCCAAAGAGCGACGCCGAGGGCAAUGAAAUUCGGGUAGAAGGCCAGAAGGCGGUGGUAGACAAGAUUUGCGCCGCGAUUCAGGCAGUGGUUGCUGAACACGAGUCGCAGACUACGGAGAUCCUUGAAGUCAAGCCCGACAAGCACCGACUACUCAUUGGACGCGGCGGUGAGACGCGACGGCACAUGGAGCAACAAUUCAACGUGUCGAUCAAUAUUCCUCGGCAGAGUGAAACUGGACCGCAGCGCUCUCAGGUGCGCAUUACAGGCCAGCCGGCAGAGGUGCAAAAGGCGAAAGAACACAUUGUCGAAAUUACAAAGGACCUCGAGGGCGAAACGGUCGGUGUGCCCCGGAAACUCCACCACAUCAUCGCAGACAAUGGGCAGUUCUUUCGUCGUUUGAGAAACGACCACAAAGUCACAGUCGACCACGAUGGCCAACGGCCGCCCCCGAAGCAGGCGAUGCCGGCGCCUAGCCGCGCGAAUGGAGCAGGUGCUAUGCCCCUGAUCACCGACGAGCCCUCGGACGCUGCCAAUAGCCACUCGUGGGAAGCGCACGAUCUUCACGGGUCUUCUGAGGAAGGAGAGAUUCCGUGGGUAUUGUCGGGACCUUCGCCAGAGGCGGUACAGGCUGCUCGUGCGAAGCUAGAUGCUGCAAUGGCAGAAGCGAGUAAGCAGGACACGAUCGGUUUCCUGAUUUUGCCCGACCCUCGAGCAUACCGCCAUGUGAUUGGACCAGGUGGCAGCGAAAUCAACCGCAUUCGCAAGAAGACGGGCACCAAGAUCCAAGUGCCGCGCGACCAAAGUGCCGGCGAGGCGAUUGAGAUCCAGGGCUCGAAAGAAGGCGUGCACCAGGCAAAGGAGAGCAUAUUGGAAGUUGUGCAGAUGAACGCAUAGAACAGCGGGUAUCCUCGGUACCGACAUCGUUGAAGGAGAAUGUGAGCAUGAUUUCAGCUCCACGAAAAAGCUUGCCAAUGUAUAUAUCUCGCUGCAAUACUACUUAACGUCUUGUUG